AUGGCCAGAAGGUGGAGCCGGGAACCUCUUCCAGGUCCCUUUGGACUUGUUCUUGCCCUUAAUGUUUCCUCUCAUGAAGUUCCUCCUUGGGAGUUUCUCUCUGGACCCUCGAACCACCUCACCUUUGUUUCCCAUUCCUUGGGGCAGAGCCGGGCCUGUCAGGUGUGCUGUGGCCUCCCAGUCCGGACUUUGUUCUCAACUGAAAAAUCUCUCUACUCACAUGCUGUUUUCCAGAGUCCCCUGGGGGUUCCUGUUUUGCUGUUCUUAGGUCUUUGGCUUCUAGGACCUAAGAUGUUCUGCCUUGUAACCAAUAUAGGAUAG